AUGGACAAUGUCAUAGAUUCAGAGAAACAUGUUUAUAUUAUGCCCACUAAAAUGGUCAAAAAUAUAAGUGAUAUGCUACAAUGGGAUAAAUCAGAAGCAUACUUUGAAUAUUUAGGGUUUAUAUACAGUUUAAAUGACUCUAUCAGAGGCAAAACAAAUAGUGAAGCCAGUCAUGGUGCUUCACCAGAAAUUGAAAAACUUUGUGUACUUCUAGAAACACUAAAUGGUUGGAUUGACGAAAUUCCUCCAGUACAACAACCACAAAGGUUUGGAAAUCAAGCCUUUAAAGUUUGGUACAAUAGGCUAAAAGAUGAUGCAAUCGUAUUGCUUCAAAAAGUUGUCCCUGAUAGAUUAUAUCGAGCUGUACCUGAAAUUAUGGUGUACCUAAUAGAAGGUUUUGGAAAUUCCAUAAGGAUCGAUUAUGGUACUGGUCAUGAAUUAUCAUUCAUAAUGUUUUUGUGUGCACUGUUCAAAAUUGGUUUUCUGAAAUUUACUGAUCAACCUGCAACUGCUUGUAAAGUGUUCGUAAGGUAUUUGCAAUUAGUGAGACGAUUACAGAAAACAUAUAGAAUGGAACCUGCUGGUAGCCAUGGAGUAUGGAGUUUGGAUGAUUAUCAGUUUGUACCAUUUAUUUGGGGAAGUGCUCAGUUUAUAGGAACCGGCAAAUUCGAUACCACCUGUUUUCUCAAGGAUAAUAUUGUCAGAGAAAAUUCAUCUGAAUACAUGUUUCUUAGUUGCAUCCAGUAUAUAAAUGAAGUAAAAACUGGACCUUUUGCCGAACAUUCUAAUCAACUCUGGAGUAUUAGUGGCGUCUCCACCUGGUCCAAGAUCAAUUCUGGUCUUAUUAAAAUGUACAAAGCAGAAGUCCUAUCCAAGUUUCCAUUAGUCCAGCACAUCUUCUUUGGGUCAGUAUUCACUCUGACCCCCGCCGGACCAGGCGCCAGUGUUAGAAAACCGAAGACGAACCUUCUAUCGGCCAGAAUGCCAUCCAAGGAAUUCAAGGAACCGGGUACAAGAGCAUCGGACAAGUCCUCAAGCCAGUCUGAUAAAUCCUUCAGUGAUCAACCAUCACAAAUUUUGGAAUAA